AUGUUGAAGAUCUUCCGGCGGCAGCCGUGGACCUGUCGACAGUGCGUAUUACGGGAGCAUCGGGCACAGUCCAAUCGUCGAAUCCACCACGAAGCUGGCGCUGGAAUAAUAAACAGUGUUCAGGAUUAUGCCGUCGCUUGCAACGAAGCAACGAAACGUCAUGAUGAUAAUGCCCUACGGAUGAUAUUUGAUUCGCAGCCUUUCUGGCGGGAAUUCUCACGGCGGAAAAGCAGAUCUUCGUUAGGGCUGCUGCAGAACCAACACCUCACAUCCCCGAAAGGCUUUUUGAAGUUUGCAUCCGUUUCGCUGCAGAAAUGCCAGGAAAUUAUGGCCAGGGUACUUGAGGUAUCAACUCUUGAUGGCUAUAAGAGGGUGGCAAAGGAUCUUGACCGCCUCAGCGACUUACUUUGUCGGGUGAUAGAUAUCGCGGAUUUUAUGCGGUCAAACCACCCGAACCCCGCAAUCCAAGAUGCCGCGACACAGGCACAUUCGAUCAUAUUCGAAUAUAUGAACGUUCUAAAUACCGAAACUCGUCUUAACGAUAUACUCAACCGGGCUUUGUGGGACCCUGAAAUAUCCUCCGAUUGGAGCCAAGAGGAGAAAGUCACAGCAAUGGUGCUCAUCAAUGAUUUUAUGAAAUCCGGGAUCCAUUUACCUCCGGAGAAGAAGAAACGGUUCGUCGAGCUGUGUAAUAGCAUCAAUGAUGCGGGCUUCAGGUUUGUAAACGGUAUGGAGCCCAAAAUUGGCAAGCUAUCUUUCCACAGAAAUAAAUUGCGAGGGAUGGAUCCUACGCUCCUGGAUAAGAUGCGUAGGUGGUCAGACAUUCAUAUCCCAAUCGAUAGCCCGAUGCCGGAUAUAGCCUUAAAAUCCGUCCACGACGAGAAUACCAGAAAACUAAUCUAUCUUACCUCUCGGAAAUCCUCAGACGCGCAACUUCAUCGUUUGACACAGCUGUUAGAACUGAGAGCCGAGUUAGCCCAAUUGACAGGUUACCGAAGCUACGCUCAUAUGGCAAUGAGUGAUAAAAUGGCUAAAAGUCCAGAGGCUGUUAAUAAAUUUCUCUUGGCCUUGAAUUCUAACAACCGGGAACUCACCCAGAACGAGAUUGCGAAGCUGGAUGUGUUAAAAAUGCAGGAUUAUGCUAAGUUGGGAGAGGAAAAGCCGCCAUUUGCCCCCUGGGACCACGCAUAUUACGUUGAGAAAUACGCUACGAUGAAUGACGUCUCGAGGAAAUCGCGGGCAAUCAGCCUAUUCAGCUCGUUUUUUUCAUUGGGGACAGUUAUGCAGGGACUCUCUCGUCUCUUUACCAGACUCUACGGGGUCCGUCUUGUUCCAAAGGAAACGCCUCCUGGAGAGACAUGGAAUCCAGAUGUUCGACGCUUAGAUGUUGUAGACGAAUCCAAUAACCAUCUUGCAGUCAUUUAUUGUGAUCUAUUUACACGACCGGGCAAAAGCCCGAUUCCCACACACUUCACUCUACGAUGUUCUCGCGCAAUAUCUGCCGAGGAAAUUUCGGAAGCUGCAAUGUCAGCUGAUACACAUCCAAACGACGGCAUGGCCACAGCUAUAAGGCCAGGAACAAAUACUCUCUAUCAGCUCCCGAUAAUCGCGUUGGUAUGCGACUUCAGCAACCCCUCGCUUGACGGGCGUGAACCUUCGCUGCUUUCGAAACACAGCGUCCAAACACUUUUCCAUGAAAUGGGUCACGCCAUCCACUCCGUGCUGGCCCGUACUGAUUUCCAAACCAUCGCCGGCACACGCUGCGCGACAGAUUUUGUCGAACUUCCUUCUGUCAUCAUGGAAAGCUUCGCCACGGCCCCUGAAGUGCUCUCGCUCUACGCCCGCCACUGGGAGACUGACCAGCCCCUCCCUGAAGACAUGAUCCAAACCAUGCGAUUAAACCAAGAAAAUUAUGAAACUAUACAAGGCGCCAUGGACAAUGAAGCCCAGAUAAUGAUGUCCCUACUGGACCAAGCUUAUCAUGACUCCAGCCCUCUCCAGCCAGGUUUCGAUUCCACCCAAAUCUUCCAUAAUCUUUACUCUCAGCAUGCCACAAUCUUCGAUCCCAUCAACUCCCAGACAAGCUGGCAAGGUUACUUUGGCCACCUUUUCAAUUACGGCGCCAGUUACUAUAGCUAUCUGUUCGACCGCGCCAUCGCCAGCAAAAUAUGGUCUGAGACCUUCCAGGAAGGAAAAUUAGCGACAGACCGAGAGGCGGGAGAAAAAUUUAAAAAUGAAGUUUUGCGAUGGGGUGGAGGAAGGGAUGGGUGGCAGUGUGUCGCUGGUGUUUUGGGUGAUCAACACCCAGCGAAUGCCAAUGGGAAGCUGUCCGAAGGUGGUGAAGAUGCCAUGCUUGAGGUCGGCCUGUGGGGCCUUGGACAGAAUCGGUCAGAGAUGUGA